AAAAAUAAAUGGCGGCGCCCAUAUGGAUCACGAAAAUUUCAGUGAACGUAUAUAGAGAUUAUCUCUUUUUCUUUUGCUGAUUUUGACUUUUUUCUUUUACAUACGUGUUACCUUUAGAGCCUUGCUUCGCGGACGGGCCUUCGUAAUAUUUUGAAAGGGAAUUCGGAGUAUAAAUGGGAUUACCAAAUGUGGUACAUAAAAUUCUUAUCUUUGAAAAUUUGAGAGGAGCGUGCGUGACUCACACCCCCUUAAAUCCGGCAGUAAAUACUACAUUUGAAUGUGAUAUAGUAUGACGAUUUAUAUACUAAUAUAAUUACGGUGUGACCGUUGGGGCGAGCGCAGCAUAUCUGAAUACAUUUUCAAAAAAUUUAUAUUGAAAACAAGGAAAACUGAUCUGGUUCACUGUCAAUACGUAGGAUUACUGCCUUGCUCUUCUCACCAAUGUAGGAACCAGUUUAGCGGGAAAUGCAACGAGCGUGUUGUGACGUAGGAUGAUAGUUGUGACGUGACUGUUUACAUUUCUUUAGACAAUAUUUUAAAAAGAAAAAGGGAAAAAUAUGAUUGUCAUCCUUUCCUUUCAAAUAAGAAAGGUUUGUAAUACUUCAAAGAUUUUUUUAAUUAUUAUUUUACGAAUCGAACCAUCCACCAUUUUGUACGAGGGACUUCUGGGAUUGGCGUCAAAAAAAAAAUUCUUGUUAGAGGUUGAGAUUUAGCUCGGAUUAUUUCCCGCGCUCUAGUUAUUAGAGCUCGCAGGAGCGCUGGCUCGCUGCGCUCGCUAUAAUUCUAAACUUUAAACUAAUAAGGCCAGUAAUUUCUAAAAGGGGGAGUGAGGGGCAGUAAACUGCUGGGCUUCUGGGGGCUGUAUUGAGUCCCCCAGUUUGUUCAGGGCGAAGCCCUGAUGGUGACUUAAAGUCCCUUGAAAAUAUUGAGUUCUGCAAAAUUAAGACGUAUAUAUUUUAGUAUUUUUGGACAUAUUUUCAUAAUAAUAUUAUCUUAUUUCUGAGGGGAGGGGUGUACGUGCGCUGGAUCCGCCACUAUGAAGAGCUCUACAUUUUUGUAAGGUGGACAUGUAAGGGAAUUCUCAUUAUACAUGUAUGUAGGCGUGCAUGUACAUGCACUUUAUAUACUUUGCUCGUCUUAUCACACGAUUAUCAAUACAGUUACGGUAGUCUACAUUUGAAAUUUCAAUUUGUUCAGACCAUGAUCAAAAUGGAAAUGAUAGUUCAUUUACGAUAUCUUUCCAGAUCAUUUCGAUAAAACCACGUUGCAAUGUUGCACGAUUAUAUAUAUUGACUGUCUUGCAAGGUCAUGCCGAGGUCAAACGCACCUACACAAAUGUCUGCGAGUUAUCAAAAGCGAUUGGAGUGCCUAGUACUAAGAUUUGGUAAUAUUAAAUCUAUACCAAGGAUCAUGAAUUAUACGUUACGUAUUUAUGCGUUGUGCGGCUUGAUGGCUUUGUUAGCAAAAGCUCAAAUCGAUUUAACCUUAACAGCAGAUACUUACGGACCGUUGGUGGUUGAAACAACCUUAAAACUUCUUCGUGACGCAUGUUUAAUCAAUGACCACUUGUUUCUUAGACGCAUUGCUUCUUUUGAAACCAACGAUGGCCUUACUAUCAUGCCCAUGGACCAUGGUGGCAUCUGGAAGGUAGACGAAGAAAUGUUUAAUAUGACCCAAAUGGGAACGCCCCACCUACAGAAUAUAUACAGACAGGUGUUUAAUAAACUCUUCGUAUCGUGGAAUGGAAUAACUUGGAAGGACUUGAACAAACCAUUAUUGUCCGGGUUAGCCGCAGCGAUAUACCUCAGAGCAAAGACCAAUGAAACUAUACCACGUUCUAAACCCGACCAAGCCAAAUACUGGAAAAAGUACUUUCGAAAAAAUGGAAACGAGCAAUCCUUUCUCACAGCAACACAGGCCAUGCCCGAAGGUUGUAGCAUGCCAACACAGGUUGAUCUAACUUUCAUCGUGGAAACGUCCUCUAAUGUGAAGACUGCUGAGCUGAGACAGAUGAAAGACUUCUUGAUCAAAAUUGUCAACGGACUAGUUGUAUCUAGUUCAAAGGUUCAAGUUGCUGUGGUUUCAUAUGGAAGUCAAGCAAACGUUUUAUUUCAUUUAAAUACUCAUUCAAACAAAAUAGAUGUUGUAUCUAAUAUUGAUUCGAUGCCUUUGAUUGGGGGGUCAGUGGCUACCAAUACAGCCAUAAAACGGACGAAAGAUGACGUAUUCGUCGCAAAAAAUGGAGCUAGAGUUGGUGCCGCACAUGUAGCGAUUCUCAUUACCAAGAGCCCACCGGAUAACAAGACGGCGACUGAAUUCGAGUCGGCUUUCUUAAUUGGAAGUGGGGUUACUCUGUUCACAGUCACAAUUGGUUCAGCGUUUAACUCAAGCGAUCUCUUUAAAGUCAGCAGCCAACCUAACUGUGCACAUUAUAAUUAUAUGGACCAUUUUUCGGAUUUGGCAGACUUUGCAGUCGAAUUGAAUGAAGCUAUAUGUCAAGCACCAGCUAUAUUGUCAAGUGGAGCAUAUACCUAUCCUUGUAAUGUGGACUCCUUACUCUCCGUACCAGACAACCCUUACGGCACAACAGUUACAAUUUCAGUUGCCGCUGGAUCAAGAAAAGUGUACACCUCGUAUCUAUUUGGCCUACCGGACACUGCCAAGAACGACAUGGCCACAACCGUGGAUAGUUCAAAUCCUGUUACUGUGUAUCUCCAUGGCAACAGCCCUAGCUAUCACAUUAGUUUGAAGAGUGUUCUGGGAUUGUUGUGCGUCAACAAUUACACCGUGGAAGUGCGAGUAGGACCACCUGUAACUCUAUCACAUGGCACCAUCUGCAUAGAGAGUGGCGUAAGGAAAGACUGUUCAAACGUAACAAUGAAUCCAACUCCAGCACCAACAGCAACGAAAUCAACCUUAGCUCCUGUACCAACAGCAACAGCAUCGAUAAUAAAUUCGACGACUCCGAAUAUUUGCGUCGGGAACAUCACGACCGUCCAACACCCCCAUGACCCAACCAAAUUCCUGAUGUGUGACAUUAAAGGCCAGCUCCUCACAGUUCAAUGCCCGCCAAGGGAGAUAUAUUGCACGGCCACCAGUCUCUGCGAGGCACACUGCCCCACAACGACAAUCAAACAUAGCCAACCAGUGACAACUCCGAUCGUGACGUCUUCGUCAUUGCCACCAGCUAGCAAUUCCACAACGCCUUCACAACCUAUCAUCAUCAUCAAGUUUACCACUGGUCCUCCUCUAAUUGUCGGUUCUGGAACAGCCCCCAGAGCCUCCACAACCACUCCCUUUCCCGCCCCUCAUACAACACCUGUCCCACCUGCUACUAUUACAACGAAGAUCCUCCCCACAACUAGCACGUCACAAAGAAUCACAUCAUCAAAUUCUGCUGUAUCAGCUACUCACCAUGUAACACCAAAUCACAAUUGUCAUCAAAAUCCGUGCACAGCAUAUGCUGUAAUGACCAGUCUGUUGUAUUUUCCGGCAUGCGACGAACACGAAUUCUAUCAUUGUUCAGGAGUAAAUUCUAUGACGACAGAACAUUGUCCUCCAGACAAGAUUUUCAAUCCAAACAUCGCAAACUGCGUGAACGAAUUCGUUUUCGAUGAAAAAACCCAAACAUUUGACAAAACUACACCAAACCCAUGCAAAAACAUGUCAGGUGAUAGAUAUUUUAUUCAUCCCACCGAGAAAUCAAAGUUCAUUCACUGUGAUGGGUUCUGGAAUGGUUUUAUGAACACAUGUCCAUCCGGAGAAAUAUUCAGUGACAUUGCACAAUCUUGUGUGAUGUAUGGUGGCUCAGUAUUUGGAUAAUAUCAGUUAAUUGUGAUCAUACCAGACGUAUAUGUAUAUAAACAUUUAGAUAUGCAAAAUAGAGUAAAAUCACAUACUUAUAUGGGGUAAAAUUUUCAUGGUUCGUUGGGCCAUAAUUUUGCAGUUCCUUUUUUUUGUAACAGAGAAUAAUCAUAUACAUUUUUAAUAAAAUGAACCUAAAGUCA